AUGUCCUCCACGACACUAGUGGAGACCCUUCAAGAAGAAAUUGGCGCGCUUCAAGCAGAGGUAGCGCGCUUACGUAUUAUGGUUCACCGCGUUACCCGCGGCACCGAUGCCGUAAUUUGCCCUGCGACUAAAGGUGAUAUUCCCCAUAGAAUUCCCCAUGAAAACGGGAGCGCUAGUGAAAAGAGCAUGGGACAUGCGGACGUCGUUUCUCAGGACCUGGUGCUACUUUUGAAGCGCUUGCUGCAGUCCCCUGGAAUCUGUCUUGGACAGUCAAGUGACACAGCGCCGGUAUGCACUGAUGCGACGGCUGAGCCAGAUGGAUCCACCAAAAAGAAACCAAAGCGGAAGAGAAGAGAGAAAGGUGAAAGGAAGCAAGAAGAAGCAGAGAAUAAGUCGCGACCAAGAGAAGUCACUGAGCGCUCCAGUGGGCUGUCACCAACAAAGAAGCAACCAGUCGAGUGUGCGAUUCCAUCGGAUCCCAAAAAAACUCCAGUACGUGAGCAGGCUGGUGAAAAGGAAGAGAGGGCGGUGCUUCCCGCAACAAGGAACGUAAGCACCCCGCGACGCGCAUCUGCGUCAGAGGAGCCACGUCUAGCGCCUGCAGCAACCACAGGAUCCAAGCAAAGCAACGAAGAUAACGUUGUUCAGCAGCAAACCGUGAGAAAGCGUUCGGUCCCGCCUCCUUCUCCGGGGUCUCUGGUGAGCAUCCCACGUGAUGGUUUUCUGUCUUAUGAACACCAUGAUGAGGAACCUACGCAUCAGCCACCACUCGUGGGGGUCACCCAAAGGGUAGGUCGGAGGGCGCUUUCUUCUAGCAGUUCAAGUGACGACUUACCUGUCGGUACGGGUUGGGUACCCACCGCGUCCGUGUUGGAUGAAGAGACCCCGCAAAUGGAAGAAGUGAGCCGGGCUACCCGCAGUAUUUCGUCGGUGGGUCGGCUGGCUGAGCGGAGCCGUCCUUCCCCCGUGAGGGACACAAAUUUGACUGAUAUUGAUGAUACCCAUUUGUCCAUAAAGUCUCACAGAGGGAUUGUAGAGUGUGUCCAUGAGUCGAAUGAUGGUCUGGACGGUGCUCGAGGAAGAAUGCAAUUUGUUUCGGUUGAUUUUUCACGGUCACAACAAGUAAAGAGGCGGAAGUUGCUGUCUCGACUUCGCGAUUCAAGUUUCGAUUCGGAGGAGACAUGUGAAGAGGAUCUGAUGGCAGAACAUCCCUCACCCACUCAGCGCUCCACUACGCUAAAUGCACAGCAGACAAUCAAGCCACCUCAAAUACCCAACGAAGUUGAGCGUGCUGGGAGUACUUCCACCCGCAGUGAAGUCGCUAUGAGCCAUCGAUCUUAUACUCAUGCUCAAAGUGCAGGAUAUGUGCUUGAUAUGCUUAGCGAUUGCGAGUUUACCGAGGACGUUGCUGCGUGA